GGGGAUAAAAGAUGUCCAACAAAGUCUUGCAUUUGAGAAACUGAAAGCCAUCAAAUGUUUGUCAUUUUUCCUCGAGAAAAGCUUUAAAUGACAAUCAUUCAGCUGGUGAACACAAACUGUUCGUGUGUGUUGGCUAAUAACUGGAGCUGUAUGAUGAUGUUAGUGUCCAAAUUCAACGCAACAGCACAAAGAGAUAAAGUUUGUCUUGAGAUAGACUCACUUCGACCUUUAAUUUAGCAUGAAUGAACUGAAAUGUCAGUGAUCUCUGGUAGGUGAAUCCUCUUCUCAUUGUCACCUGUUAUUCAAACCUUUUAAACUUCUGCUGGUUAUAAUUUAAUGCUUUAUUGUACAUUGCUGUCCAUAUCGUGUGUUUCCUCAACAUGCAACUUGCACAAUAAGUUGUGUGACCUUGCUUUUGUUGGCUUUUUGUGCCACAUCUCUGCUAGCUGCUACGUACUUCUUGUUUGACAUGCUGGCAGCCGUGUGCGCUCAAAUAGCGCAGCAGCAGCUCCGUGUUUGCUCAGAGAAGGAGCGAUGAAAGUUAGGACCUGCUGCGUGUAGGGUUAAAAAACGAGGCCAACACCAAGCAAUUAGACCAGUCCAGACUCUGUGUAAUGAGGGACUCUACGACAAAAGCUAUGGCUGGACCGAGGCCUGUGGUGCUCAGCGGCCCGUCGGGGGCAGGAAAGAGCACCCUGCUGAAGAAGCUGAUGAAGGAGUACGACAGCGUCUUCGGCUUCAGCGUCUCCCAUACGACCAGAAACCCUCGACCUGGAGAAGAGAACGGCAGAGAUUACCACUACGUCACGCGGGAGGAGAUGCAGGCGGGCAUCGACAAUGGCGAGUUCAUCGAGAACGCAGAGUUUUCGGGGAACAUGUACGGGACGAGUAAGGCGGCGGUGCAGGCCGUCCAGGCCAAGAACCUCAUCUGCAUCCUGGACAUCGACAUGCAGGGCGUGAGGAACAUCAAACAGACGGACCUGGACCCCAUCUACAUCUCCAUCCAGCCGCCGUCCAUGGAGAUCCUGGAAAAACGUCUAAGAGACAGAAAGACCGAGUCGGAGGAGAGUCUCCAGAAGCGUUUACAUGCAGCUAAAGUGGAGAUAGCAUUCAGUAAAGAACCGGGAGUUUUUGAUGUCAUCGUCGUCAACGAUGUUUUGGAGGAAGCGUACGGGCAGCUAAGAAAUGCUCUUCUGGAGGAAAUCAACAAGGUCAAGAAAACCAAGGCGUCUUCGUAGGGGACAGCAGCGUCCUUCGGGUCCCGUCCAGCAGCCACUCCUCCCAGAACCACAGACCUCCAUUCCAGCCUCGUACAUUCCCUCAGACGGCGGUCCGUGAGGCUCAGACAGCGCAUCCCUCUACUAACGCUUUACAUGGUGUUUAGAAGUAGUUGUUAACAAACGAUCACAUUCUGUUUAGUGGAACACUUCUUUGUUUUUUUUUAACUUUUUGUCACUCGUAUGAAGUCAAGCUACUCCAAUGAUUCUUACUUGAAGUGCGACCAGCGCGGCCGGUUCUCAACACGUGCAGCUUCGUUCUCUCGCCAACCCGGAGCAGCACAAACAGGAAGCAACACAACUCGUUCCCUCAAGUGGACAAACCUGUUUUUCAAGGGUGUGGAGGAAAAAAAAGAAAAAGCACAUAUUUGGAUACGACGGGUGCCAAGUUGUGCUACUGUUGGUUUUGUUUUUGUAACUCGUAACAACCCGGCUCGCGUCAGGAGGUCGACUCAUCCGAACACGGCAGCUGGUCGCUUUUUAAAACCGCAGAAUUGUGCCGCUGCUUUUUCUUUUUAUUGUAAAUAGCCAGAUGACGUGUGAACUCCGUCACAGAUGAGUUUGUUUCUGGUUAUAAAUGCUGUCGUUGGAUUAAAUCCCAUCAUAGAAAUUCUGAACAAAAAGGUUUGUUGUUUUGUUGUUGUUUGUUUGUUUGUGAGGGCAUAACCGACAUUGGAACUGUUUUUAUUUUACAGUUGUAAAUUUGUAAAACUUUUUAUAUUGAGUAACUUUAUUACUUUGCAGCUUCACCUGUACAGCGGAUGACACUCAGCGGACUGGGACGGAUUAGAAACAAGCACACAGUAAAUCCUUUGACUUGAAAUUGAAGAAAAAAAUGUAGAAUCCGUUUAUGAAUUGGCAUUUUUUUUUUUGUUUUUAAUUCAUCGCAUUUUCAAUUUUGCGAGUAUUAAACCCACCCAAAGCAUGAUAUAUAUAUAUAAAACAUCCAUUCCUUUGCAGGUUUGUGUUUCUGAUACCAAAUGUCCAGUUUGAUAUUGUUCAUAAAAGUCUAACAUCGUU